AUGUCAAUCGCGUUCGAGAGAAAUAAUUCCGGCAAUGAUCGUCGGGUCGAACAUCCGGGAUUCGCUCGCCACCAGAUGAAUUUUGUAUCCACUACGUAUAACUCGCAGGAUUGUCCGGCAGCUGAUCGGAGUCUAGAGGAAGUGGAGCAACUGGAGGACCGGGCUGACUCUGUAUCAUCUUCGUCGACGGCGUCUUCGAUUGGGAAGAACAGCGAUGAUGAGGCGACGGGCGGCGGCGAUGGUGACGGCGAAGGAGAAGAGGUGCAGAGUGAAUGCAAAACUGGGGCCCUGGAGAGUUUGGAUGCUUUGGCUGAAGUUUUACCUGUAAAGAAAAGUAUAUCGAAAUUCUAUUGUGGUAAAUCCAAAAGUUUUACCAGUCUAUCUGAUGCAACAUCAUUAUCGUCCGCAAAAGACAUGGUUAAACCAGAAGAUGCUUACACUCGUAGACGCAAGAACUUGCUUGCACACAAGUACUUCUUGGACAAGAAUUUUAGUAACAUUUUAAGAAGCAACAGUGGUGGCAUAUCGAAAAGAUCUGCCAACUCUAGAAGCACAUUGCACCUUGCAGCGAGUAUGACUAAUAACAGCAGCACUUCUAGCUCGUAUUCAUCAUCACCUAGUCGCUGCCUUCCUCCUCUGCCACCACAUGCAAGAAGACCCACAAAUUGUGAAUCUUUAUCAUCAUCUCCUGAUGAGAAGUUUAGUCCAUUGCGAUCUUUCUCUUUAUCUGAUCUACAAGUUGCUGAUGCUGUGAGUCCAAGCAUUACCGGCCUAUUGGUAGACAAUAGAGAUAAAUAA